AUGUCAGAUUCGGUGCCCACUCGCUCCAAACUCGCCCUAAAAGGAUCGUCACGAAUUGUGUCAGACUUUUUCGAAUACAGCAUUCAUAGCAUCCUGUAUCAGCGUGGCAUUUACCCACCCGAGGACUUCCAGACCGUGAGGAAAUACGGCCUCAACAUGCUUGUUCCCACAGACGACGAAUUGCAGUCGUACGUGAAGCAGAUCAUGAAACAGCUGCAUAAGUGGGUGUACGGAGGCUCAAUCUCGCGGCUAGUUGUGGCGAUUGUGUCGAAAGAAACGGGCGAGACGGUCGAGAAAUGGCAGUUUAACCUAGAGAUCCAGAAGCCCGACACCGAGCAGACGGAAACCAAAACUAAUGAGCAGAUUCAGCGAGAGAUUCAGGCAAUCAUCCGCCAGAUCACUGCGUCGGUGACAUUUCUGCCCGAGCUGGAGGACGAGUGCACGUUCAAUGUUCUUGUGUAUGCCGACCCGAAUUGCCGCGUUCCUGAAGAGUGGGGGGACUCACGCACACACGAGAUCACGGGCACGACGGAGAGCGUCAAGUUCCGCAGCUUCAGCACCGCCAACCACCGCGUCGAUGCCCUUGUCGAGUACAAGUACGGAUGA